CCCCGUCUGCUCCAUUUGUGCUGUGCGCGCUCCCCUCCCCUCCCCUCCCCACCCACUCCCCCCAUUCCGUCGGCGCAGCAGGCAGGCGAACGGAGCUCACUCCCCCCUCCCUCGCUGAUUUCCUCCCUCCCAAGAGAAGAUGUCCGCCGUCCCCUCGAGGUUCUAUGUCUGAAACUUGUUAUAGGGUUAUAUCUGAAUCUUGAAGUAGAUCUACUACGGCUGAGUCCUUCGCUUCACGUAUGUUUUGGAGCUGAUUCAAGGUGUAGGUUGUACUAUGUGAGAAGGACAGCUGUGCACAUCAAGACUAAAAUUAGCUUCGCUUGAUUACACUUCAGCUGGUUGAAUAAUAUACUUGAUUUUGGUGGUUCAAAAACAUGGGUUCUAGAUUUCCAUCACAUCAGCUGAGCAGUGGCCUUUAUGUUUCUGGCCGACCUGAGCAACCUAAGGAGAAGGCCCCGACCUUUGGAUCCAAUGUGAUGCCAUACACUGGUGGUGACACCAAGAAAUCUGGAGAGCUUGGGAAGAUGUUUGAGCUCCAUGCUGAAAGAUCUAGAAAAUCUGGUCCUCUAGGCAAUGCGCCUUCGAGAAAUCCUUCAUUUGGCGGUGCUGCCUCCAACUCUGGACCUGUGUCUAAUGCUGGCGGUCGGUCAAACUACUCCGGUUCUCUUUCAUCUUCAGUUCCUGGCGCUGGAGGAUCAGCAAGAGCAAAAUCUAAUUCCGGACCACUCAAUAAGCAUGGAGAACCAGUAAAGCGGUCAUCUGGUCCCCAGUCUGGAGGUGUGACCCCAAUGGCUCGCCAGAAUUCCGGCCCUCUCCCUCCAAUGCUUCCUACGACUGGGCUUAUCACAUCUGGCCCUGUUACUUCUGGACCACUGAAUUCGUCUGGUGCCCCAAGAAGGAAAGUAUCUGGGUCUCUGGAUCCUGCUGCAUCGAUGAAGGCGCGGGCCACAUCGCUUGCUCACAACCAGGCUGUUACUACACUCACCAGUGAAGAUGGUUUCUCAGUUAUGGGAAGCAUUUCAAAGUGGGUAUUCUGGCUAGUGAUCACACUCUUGCUGUUCGGGUUUGCAGUAGGUCUCUUCAUUCUUAUUGCUGUAAACAAUGCGAUUGUGCUGAUAGUUGUUGUUGCAAUGAUUGGUUCUGUUGCUGCACUUGUGUCUUGGAAUGUUUGGCGGGGCAGGAGAGGCGUGCUCAGGUUUGUCAAUAGCUGUCCUGAUACUGAUCUCAGAACUGCAAAGGAUGGAGAGUAUGUGAAGGUUACAGGGGUUGUUACGUGUGGAAAUUUCCCCCUGGAGUCCUCAUUUCAAAGGAUUCCAAGAUGUGUGUACACUUCAACUAGGCUGUAUGAGUAUAGGGGCUGGGAUUCAAAAACUGCAAACCCCAAGCAUCGCCGGUUUACCUGGGGAUUACGGACAGCAGAGCAACAUGCGGUCGAUUUCUACAUUUCAGAUUUUCAGUCUGGGCUUAGAGCAUUGGUGAGAACAGGAAGUGGUGCACGGGUGACACCAUAUGUCGAUGAAUCGGUAGUAAUUGACGUCAAUCCUGAGAACAAGGACUUGUCUCCUGAAUUUCUAAGAUGGCUACGAGAAAGGAAUCUCUCAAGUGAUGGUCGGAAAAUGCGCCUAAAAGAAGGAUACAUCAAAGAAGGCAGCACUGUGAGCGUGAUGGGUGUCGUUCAAAAGAAUGAGAGCGUGUUGAUGAUAGUACCUCCAUCAGAGCCCAUCUCAUCUGGUUGCCAGUGGGGGAGUUGUUUCUUUCCAGCGAACCUUGAUGGACUGGUCGUGAGAUGUGAAGAUACUUCAGACAUGGAUGUGAUACCAGUAUAGCAAGCUGAUGAUUGCUGUGGUGUGGAAUAGCUGCUGUUGAAGAGGGAACGUUGGCCUGUCGAAUCUUUUGACCUCGGGUUGGGUUUGAUUGGUAGAGUAUUAGAACUGAGAAAAAUGUACAAAUGUUAGGUGUGAUUAAGGCUAGUAAAGAUGGAGUAUGGCUGCUGGUUAAUCUGUGUUUGGCUGUAUAGUCCUUUUUCCAUGUGUUUUGUCCUCCUUCGCUCCUGUUUUUUCGGUUAUGAGCUCUCAAUACUUGUGUAAUAUGAUUGCUUUUGGGCUGUUUGAAGACAUGUUGAAUCGGGUUUAUGUGUUAUUUAGGAUGAACUUCUUGCAUUGCUGUUAAAGCCUAAAUAUAUUGUUGCUGUUACUUUUA